GAGAAGAGGUUUGCGAGACUGGCCGGACGGGUUGUUCGACUCAAAUGAUCUGCUAUGGGCAACUGCAUGCCGUGAAGCACGAUACCCGACCUGAACUGGCUGUGUCCUCCACGAUCAACACCGGCGAGCCGAUCACCAUGCUUCCUGUCAAUACCACCCAUGAACCAUUGACGACUACCGACACUGCCUUCUGCACAGUUGUGGGAGCUUUAUUAGCCGAUCUCUCGUGGCAAGUUGAUCUCCUAUCGGCCCCAGGUCAGCUCCACGUCUGCCGGUGGUACUCCGGGCAAUUUCACCCUUCCGGCCAUCAUGGCAUGGUGGAAAAUAGGGCAAGCGAUCAGUGAAAUCUCUGCCCUCCGAUUGAUUCUUUUGCGGUCGCAAAUGCGUCACGGAUGGAUUCGGAGUGGUCCGGGGGCGGCGAUAUUGAGAGAAACAACAUGGCCAGACGCGAGAAUGGUUUUUUCAGACUCAAGUAUCUGGU